CGAGAUCCCGGCCGGGGAUACAUCCUGGGAGACAAUCCCGCUCUUUGCCCGUACUUUCCUAUUCGCCGUGAGUAAUAUAGCUAAUAAUGCAUCUAUAUAUUCUGUGCUAUUGUAUCUCCCCGGCUUCUGAAUCCGAGUCAUACUCUAAGGACAGUCUAUCGCCAUGGAUAAUGCCGGGAACUGGGAACAGAUUGCCUGCGAGAAACGGUCUCUUCGGGACAAAGCCUUGAGGCCAUAUAUGGUUUCAGAUCUGGACCGACGAGAGCCCCGAGUGCAGAACCCCCAGGAGCGUUCUCGCAUAUAUGAUCCCAUUGCCGAGGAAAUCACCGAGAUUGAUAAUAUCCCUACUCUUCUCGAACAUUUACGAUCCGGAAAAUACACUGCUGAACAGGUGACCCAUGCAUACAUUCGAAGAGCUGUGGUAGCCCAUCAGCUGACAAAUGCCAGUACGGAAACAGUGUUUGAUGAGGCACUCGCCCAAGCCCAUGCGCUGGACCAUCACCGUCAGAGAACUGGUGAACUUCAAGGGCCUCUUCAUGGAAUCCCGGUGACUGUCAAGGACCAAUUUAAUCUUAAAGGAGUGGAUACUACCUUGGGAUAUGUUGGCCGUUCGUUUUCCCUUGCUACAGAAGAUGCUGUAAUUGUACGGAUCCUAAAGGAGAUGGGCGCGGUUGUCUUGCUCAAAACAAACUUGCCCCAGACUCUCAUGUGGGGUGAAACGGACAAUCCUCUUUGGGGCCGGACGGUAAACCCACGGAAUCCCGACUUCAUCCCAGGUGGAUCGACUGGUGGUGAGGGUUCUCUAUUGGCUCUACAUGGGUCCAUCUUGGGUUUGGGAACAGACAUUGGAGGAAGCAUCAGAAUUCCGGGAAGCAUGAAUGGAGUAUAUGCGUUUAAGCCAACUAGUAGCAGAUAUCCAGAUAUAGGAGUUCCUGGGCCUAUGGAAGGCCAGGAACAUGUGUACUCCUCUUCUGGCCCCUUGGCUCGUGACAUGAAGUCUCUGUGCUAUUUUGACCCUAAAUGUGCUCCUCUUCGCUGGAACGAGACGAUCCUUCAAGAGAUGCAGACCCGGCCCUUGGUCAUUGGAUUAAUUCUAGAUGACGGGGUUGUUAAGAUCCAUCCUCCUAUUGAAAGAGCGCUCCGGGAUCUAUCCUCCAAGCUCAAGGGACAAGGUCACGAAAUAAUCCCAUGGAAUACAGCCGGCCAUUAUGAUUGCGCGAAGCUCAUCGACAAGUAUUACGCCGCCGACGGGUUUGAGGAUGUUCUUCGUGACCUUAACGCUGCUGGAGAGCCGAUGAUUCCCCAUGUACAACGUCUGGCCGACCACGCAAAGGGAAAGGCACUAUCAGUCUAUGAAUAUUGGCAAGUGAACAGGAAGAAGAUUGCGUUGAGGCAACAAUACCUCAGGAGGUGGAACGCGACUCGAUCUCCGUCUGGAAAGCCAGUCGACGUGCUUCUAGGACCAACGACACCGCAUACUGCUAUCCCGCAUCAGAAGUUGCGAUGGACGGGCUACACAAAGGUCUGGAACUUGCUCGAUUAUCCGGCUGUCACCUUCCCUGUGGAUAAAGUUAGAAGGGAGAUAGACAUCCAGCUGAAGGGUUACCAACCGCGCAAUGACCUGGAUGCAUGGAACUGGGGCCUCUAUGAUCCCGAGAACAUGGAUGGCCAUCCGGUUAAUUUGCAGGUUAUAGGGAAGGCACUCAAUGACGAGAAGGUUUUGGGGGCAGCAACUAUGAUCGAGAGUAUAUCGAGGGGAAGCAAAUAGGUUUUCUCAUGUAUAUCGAACGUCUAGGUGCAAAAGGGUGGCUUUAGGCAGAU